UCUCUAUUUUCACUCCUGGAGGGUUGGGGAGAGUGAAAGCAACAGGAGCUCUUUCCAAUCCCAUUCUCUGAUGAGUUCUCUAGCUGAAUCCCUCUCCUUACUCUGUGACUGAACUCUUCGGACCUCUUUCCCUGCUCCGUCUCCUGAAGGCAGUUAGUGGGGGAAGCCAUCUGGCAGGACCGUGCACCUCACCAACAGCAAAGAGAAAAAUAAGCCAUUUGGAUUCUCCAGCUUAGGUUUUUUGUUUUGUUUUUUUUUUUGGUACAAACAAGUUUAAAGUUUUUUUUUAAAUGUUGCUCUGAAGGGCGUUCCAGUGGGACCAGUGAGCUCCAGGGAGAGGAGCUGCCAGGCGGCUCCCAUUACAGCUGUCUCUGUAAUUUUUAUAUGACAAUACAUUUGUAAAGCAGGACGGCUGGGAGGGUGGGGAAAGGGGAAGGAUGAGCAGAAACAGCUCCCCUUGGGACCAGCUACUUUUUCAGCCCCCUUUAUGCGAGGGCUGGAAGCAGAAUGUUGAGGGAGCAGCCUAUCACCUGGGCAAUUGCAUCCUCCUCCUAGGCUACAUGGGGGGAAGUGGGAUCUUUGGCUCCAUCUAUAUCUUCAGCCUUCUGGCCACUGGCUACAUCUGCUAUGCUCUAUGGGGCUGGCUGAAUGCCUGUGGACUAGACAUCUUCAUCUGGAAUAUGCUGCUGGUCAUGGCCUGCAUACUUCAGCUGGCUCACCUGAUAUACCGGCUCCACAAGCACACCUUCUUGGAAGAGUUUGACCUCCUCUACAAGACUCUCUGCCAGCCCUUACAUGUGCCCUUUGAGGUCUACAAAGAGAUUGUGAAAUGCUGCGAAGAAAAGGUCCUGUCACUGGCCAGAGACCAGAACUACGCUGUGGAGGGCAAGACACCCAUCAACCGCCUGUCUCUGCUGCUCUCUGGCAGGGUCAGAGUGAGCCAGGAUGGACAGUUCCUGCACUAUGUCUUCCCCUACCAGUUCCUGGACUCCCCAGAGUGGGAGUCACUGCGACCUUCCGAGGAGGGAACGUUCCAGGUCACGUUGACAGCAGAGACGGACUGCAGUUAUAUCACCUGGCCAAGGAGGAAGCUCUACCUCCUCUUGGCAAAAGAUCGCUACAUCGCCCGCCUUUUCUCGGCCUUCCUUGGCUACGACAUCUCGGAGAAAUUGUAUGCCCUCAACGAUAAGCUCUUUGCUAAGUUCGGCCUGCGCUUUGACAUCCGCUUACCCAGUCUCCACCACGUCCUGGGACCCGCCUCCUCAGAGGCUGAGGCCGAGAAGGAGCUGUAUGAGUGGGAGGAGCUGGCCGUACCCCAUCGUCCGAUGCCUACCUUUGUCCAGACAGCUGCCUCAGCCCCACCUCCUCCUCCUUCUGCCCACCCCAAGGUGCCCCGGCCUGACAGUGCCCUGCUGGCUUCUGGAAGCCUUACCCGGAGUUACCCCUGUGCCCUCUUCAAAGGACGAGCCCCUCUGGCUCCCACCCAGACCCCAGAACUCUAGGGCACAACAGUUGGUUUUGAUCAGGAAAACCCACACAUGAGUGUAUGCUCACACACCUCUAACCAGAAGACACUCAUUAACAUGAACCUACAUGUCCACACAACACUCCUGCAAGCACAUGAAGUAUCUGCAUGAGACUGAAGUGUGAUGGCUGGACACCUUCCACACCACAUUCUGUUCACCUGCAGUGGCACAAGGGAUGUCUGGGUGUUCCUUUUUGUAUUCUGGUCUUUCACCCCCAUGGUCUGUUAACAGCUCUGUUAUCAGUUCCAUUAAAUGUGUUGGAAACACAGUGAUAUUA